AUGACCGACCGGCAAGGCAGCCCGCCGCCGACGGACCUGGGCACGACCACGACCACGUCGACGAGCGGCGACGACGCGGCCAGCAGUGAUCUGCUGGCGCAGCUCUACCGCGACAGGGCGGCGCUGCAGCAGCAGCUGGACGACGAGCGGCGGCUGCGGCGCGAGGCCGAGGACAUUAUCGACCAGCGGCAGGACGAGGUGUACGAGCGGGAUGCGCUGGUGCGGGCGCUGCGCGAGGAGCUGCGAAAGAGCGGCGGCGGCGGCGGUGACCACGGCCACGCCGGGCCGGACAAUGAUCAGCGAAAGGCGGAGCCGGGCAGGGCCCCGCCACCCAUUCCCAUUCUCGCGGGGCCGUCCCCUGCCGUCGACCCCGGCCUCACCAAGGCCCAGGCCAAGGCCGCCUACGCGGCGCUCAUCGCGUCCAUCCAGUCCUUUGUCGCGGCGCGUCUGGCGCCCGUCUUUGCCGUGCCGACGCGCGACCUCGAGACCGCCGUUGCCGCCGUCCACGCAGCCACGGACGCCGACACGUUGACGCCGGCGAACCCCGCCGCAGCCGCAGCCGCAGCCGCGGACGCCCCUGCGUCGCCGCCCGCCGCCGCCCCCAGCACGUACUACACCGUGGCCCGCCCGCGCGUGCUGCUGCGGCUCAUGACCCCGCGCGCGCGCAUGUUCCUGCGGCUCAAGGGCGCCGACAGCGUGCACUUUUACGCCAUCCUCAUCGAGUUUUUGCGGCGCCGCGUCUUUGACGAGCCGUACGGCGGCAUCCUCAAGCUCAGCGGCGGGCCUGUGCCGCCGCUGCUUCUCGGCGACUAUGACCUCGGGCUUUCGCCGACGACGCCGACGCCGACGCCGACUUCGCCGCCAGAGCCGAACAGCGUGCCCGAGCCCAAGACGGCCCGCGUGGAAGGCAAACGCUACCCGCCGGGUCCGCGGCCGCUCAACAAGAUCGAGGCGCGCCUGGAGCGGGCCGACGGCCUGGCCCGGCAGCUGGGGGCGUUGCUGCACGACAUGGAGGCGGAGCCGAUUUCGGUGUCGGUGCCGGGCCCGGUGCCAGUGUCCACAGCUGCGCCGGCCGCUCCACCCCGGCCGUCGCGCCACCCCGAAGCACGCCGUUUUCGUGUGCAGCUGAUCGACCGCAUCCUGGGCGUCGUUCCCGAGACGCUGACAUCCUCCACCACCGCUGCGUCGGCCCGCGUGGCCGCGCUGGCCCGGUACAUUGACACCCGCGUCGUGCACUUGUCGGCGGAUCUGUCGCGGGCGCUGCUGCCUCUGGAGAUGGCCCGGCAAGUGGCGGAGGCGACCACAGCAACAUCGUCGACGACACCGACAACGACAGACGCCGCUGCCCGCCACGCCGUCGACAGGCGUGCCGCCACGUAUGCCUCCCUGGAACGGCAGGUGGCCGCCGACGUGGUCCGCCCCGCCGUCGAGCUGGCCGUCGCGCUGCAGCUGGCCGUCCCCGAGUACAGCGUGCGCUGGCUCGAGCACGCCAAGGACAGCCCGAGCCUGUCGGUGUGCGAGGCGCUGGGGCUGGACGCGCAGCGGAUCCGGUUUCGCGGCGACAAAGACGAUGCCGACGACGAUGCCGACGACGGCGACGGCAGCAGCAGCAAAAUCGCCGACGAGCCGUACAGCUUCGUCUUUGACAUUACGCCGGCCCUGUCCAUGCGCGACGUCGACGCCAGCAACAACGGCCGGGACUACGUCCCCGACGCCGUCAUCUACGCGCAAGGCGUCCUCGUGCAGCAGGGCCAGGUGGGCACGGAGCGCACGUUUGUGCACUGGCUGCACGAGACGGGCAUCAAGCCAAAGGACACUCUCUCGGUGCCCAAGGCCUGGCCCAAGGCGGGCAAGGAGCUUGAGGAGAGACGGAAACUGAGAGACGAGCGGCGGCGAGCCGAGGCGAUGGAGUUGGCGAAGGCGCUGGAGAUGCCGAUACAAGACGCGGCACGACGUACGAUAGCAUGA